AUGUUAGGAUCUGCCAGAUUUGUAACAAAAAAAAAAUACAAACCUAAAUGUAAUUUUCAAUUUCCAAAUGCUUGUGUGGUUCCUUCCCAAGGUGUUGUUGGCACAUGUGGAAUAUCAGUGCUGUGCAAUCUGAUCCGAGUCUCCAUCUUCGCUCAGUCUGGCAGGAAAGCAACGAGAACCAUCACGGUCCUCUCCAAACACCUGCAUACGUCCAAGUGGAGAGCAGCAGUUCAGUUUUGGUCCAUUGCUCUUCUUCUCCCGGUGGUGGGCCCUCGGGUCUCGUCCCUGAUCGUUCUGGAGUUUUGUCUCAGAGCUGUCUCGGCCAAGUUCUCAUCCAGACCAGACUCCGAUGAAAACGCAGAACUACUGCUGCUGCAAAGCCAGUUCUCCUUGGGCUGUGGACUCUCUUGCACUCUGCUCUUCCUCCACCAGGGGGCACCAAACAGCACCUACUGUCUGUUCCUGGCCGCUGCGCUCAGCUGGGCCCUUGCUGGCUACUGCCACAAUCUCUGGAACCAUGUGGCCAGACUUUUCCCACUUCACAGUGGCGAGCGUUCAUGUGGGAAGUGUGUCAGCCUUCUGACGUCUGGACACAGCCUUCUGGCUUCCCUGCAGCGGUUGGUUAUACUGGUCUUUGCCCUGGCAGCUGUGGCCUGCGCUUCUAUUGUGCGCGACAACUUCUUCCAUCAGACGGAUGCACUGAAGCUCUGGACUCCGCUCACGCUCUGUUACACCCUGCUCUUGGUCUAUAUUCAAGAGGGUCAGCGUGGGCAGACGCCUGCGGAGGCUCUUCUCCAUAACGUGCUUCUGAGACUUGGGGCUUUGCUGGUCCUGAUGCUGACCGUAGGUCACUGGUCAGAUGUUCUUCAUGUUCUACUCGCUGUCCUGGGCGAAGCGGUUUGUCUGCUGCCCUCAAAUGACCUGCUCCAGAUUGCGUUUCAGAAGGAGUGUGAAGACAUCCACCUACAGAAGAUUGAACUCAGCUCCAGGGACCGCAAAAGGAAACAUUCAAGCGACGUGUCCUCAAAGAGUGACAGAUGAGUCGCUUGCUGUUUACAAAUGGUUUAGUCUAGAGAUGAUUUUAUGUCCU